AUGCGUGCCUCAAUCAUUUAUGGAGCCAUCUUGGGCCUGAGUACCUUCACCAAGCUUUGCGCAGCGGCAUCAAGUUGUGCUCCAAGUCUCCCUCCUCGUCCAACGGUAGCCCCUUUCCCAUACAAUCAUGGAAAGCCUCACGCAGUCUCACCGCGCAGAACCAAGACUUGCUAUGUCCAUGCCUUUGGGAACGGACAAGACGACAGCCAAAUUAUCUUCUCGGCCGCGAAAGCUUGCAACAACGGCGGAACUGUUGCCCUUCUCGAUCCCAAGUACAUCAUAGGUCAAGCUCUAGAUCUGACAUUUCUCCAGUCCGUGGAUUUCAUCAUCAAGGGAGAAAUCAGCUUCACCGAAGACAUCAACUACUGGCUGCAAGCCAGCUUCAAAUAUACUUAUCAAGGAGCAUGCUUGUUUUGGCAGUUUGGGGGCAAAGAUGUCAAUAUUUAUGGUGGUGGGAUGAUCAAUGGUAAUGGACAAGUAUGGUGGGACCGCAUGGUGACCAACAUCACUCUUCAGCGGCCAAUUUUGGUUGGAGUCGUAGGCCUACAAGGUGGAACGUUCAACGAUCUGAGCCUUUCUAAUCCUCCGAAUUGGUUCCACUUCGUUGCCAACAGCUCGGAUCUCAUUUUCGAUAAUAUGACCAUGACUGUGUUGUCAAACAACAGCAAUCCUUCAAAGAAUUCAGAUGGUUGGGACCUUUAUAGAUCUGAUGCUAUUGUCAUCCAAAACAGCUACAUCUCAAAUACCGAUGAUUGUGUCUCUUUCAAACCAAAUAGCACCAAUGUUGUUGUGCAAAAUCUCCGCUGCACUGGCUCUCAUGGAAUCUCUGUUGGCUCUCUUGGACAAUACCUCGGAGAGACAGAUAUUGCAGAAAAUCUUUACAUCUACAACACAUCAAUGAGUAAUGCUGGAGAUGGUGCACGUAUCAAAGUCUACCCCGGAGCUGUACCGGGGAGCAACUCUACCAGCUCUGGUGGUGGGGUCGGAAUCGUGCGAAAUGUAACCUAUAAUGGAAUGCACGACACUGGCGUUGAUUACGCCAUUGAAUUGACUCAAUGUUAUGGCCAAAGUAAUGUCACACUCUGCAAUAUGUAUCCUUCAAAAAUGCUGAUCGAAGACAUCGUUUUCAAUGAUUUCACCGGAACCUCGAAGAAAUACGACCCAACCGUUGGGACUUUGGUGUGCAGUAAUCAAACAGCAUGUCAGAAUAUUGUGGCCACGAACAUCAAUAUCACGAAUCCAAGUGGGAAGGUAGCUCAAUGGACUUGCAAGAAUGUGGACAAGAGUACUCUUGCUAUAAAUUGUGUCUGA